CAAACUAUGAGUGAGGGCGUGACCGGGCUGAAGGAGUCUCUGAAUCUCAACAGCGAUCUACAACCGGCCGUGUCCGCGUCAUCGACAAGUUCCCUGAACGCUGCCACCGCUGCUGCUGCUGCUGCUGCCUCUGCCGCCGCUGCCACUUGUCAGGCCAAUGUGGUGACCAUACCAGUGCCCAUACUGCAGUCGGAGGGUAACUUUGCCUACAUCACCGUCAAGGGAUCCCUGCACGAUUACACCUGCACCGUUUUUGGACUCAACCAGGCCGAAGUUCAGGCUCUGUCCAAGCGCUUCGAGAGCGGCGUCAAGGCUUGCGUGAAUGGUAUUAUGGUGGCAGUGUCGCCGAUGGUUAUGCUAAACACUUUGGCACAGUUGAGCUAUAAGGUCGUCUGCAGUUGUGGCGAGGCCGAGAUCUGUUGGACUAUGCAACGUGAGGUGUAAAUCGUGUUUGCUGCGAUCACACUGUCAUUUGAUAUCUGAAAAACGAACGAACAAUAAGGCAAGGCAAGGCUAGGAAUUCGGCAAUACCAAACAAAAACUAGAAAUUAUCAGCAGUCAAAAUGGACCAGCACAGCGCGGACAACUGCAAGUGUCACAAGCAGACGCAGCCGGCACAGCAGACGCUCAGCGAUAUGGACUUUGAUCGCGGCAUCUGGAAUGCGGCCAUCUAUAACGAAGUGGAUCGUGUUAAGGAUUUCAUCAAGAAAGGCCAGUCCAUGGCCCGCGAUGAGUGCGACUAUACGGCAUUGCAUUAUGCCUCCCGCAACGGCAAUGAGCAAAUCUGCAAACUCUUGCUCGACGAGGGCAAGGUGGACGUUAAUGCAGUGACCAAGGCAGGAGCCACCUCUCUGCAUAGAGCAGCCAUGAUGGGCCACUUGGAGAUCGUCAAGCUACUGGCGGAACACAAGGCAAAUCUUUUGCUUCAGGAUGAGUGCGGACAGACGGCCCUGCAUCGGGCUGCGUCGCGUGGCCAGCUGGAGGUGUGCCGAUACUUGCUGCAGAAGGAGCCAUCCCUGAAGCUGGUCAAGGACAAGAAGGAUAAAAUUGCAUUUGAAUACAUCAUGGAGAACGCCAAUGAUGACUUCAAGCUACUGCUGAAGUCCUAGGAGGAGAAGCAGCAGCAGCAUCAGUAACGUACAUGUAUUUUCUGUAGUUUAAGCACUAAAAGUUACAUUUUCUUUUUAAAAC